CUCUACAGGCGAAAAGAGGGUCGCAACGGUAUCACCGCACAACGCCCAAAUCGCCAAGAAACCUGAGUAUCCGGGCGCAGGAAAGCAGAUUAUUGAAGUUCCAGAUACUUUACGGCGGCGUUGCAGCCGCGAAGGGGGAAACCGAGUCUUCGCACAUUUGUCGCCUCGCCUCAGCCGGUCCCGGUACCGAAGCACCACGCACCUUCCUUCCUUUCUGCGCCAGACCACCCGACUUGCGAUCGCUGCGAGGUGAAAGAAAAGACGUAGAGGUAUUCGGAUUGAGGGCAUAAGAAAAAGUGCGAGAGCCAGGUGCAAUAUCGUAACUCGGGAUUCCCCGUAUCCGAAAUCAAGGCAACGGCAGUACCACCGACGCCUUCUCUACCCAACCUAGCACAACCAGGCAUCCUCCCACAAAGGUAUCGAAGAUGUCGAACCAGCACGUUGGCGCGGUGUACGCCCAGAUCAUCGAAGACGUGAUCGACUCGUCGCGCGUUGAUUUCGAAGAAGGCGGUAUCGAAGAGAGAAUCCUUAUCGAACUGCAGAAGGGUUGGCAACGCAAGCUGUCGCAGCUACAAGUCGCCCAGUUCCCAUGGGAUCCGAAACCGGAACCUGAGCCGCCAGCAAACAAUGCACCGCCGGUUGCCGCGGCUCCUCCCCCUCAGCCGGCUCCCGCCGCCCACUACCCCCCGUCCCAGACGAGCCCGCCGCAAAAUGUGCAAAAUGUGCAGCCGUUGUCGCUUCCUGCCGGUCCCACCUAUCAUAAUCCCAACGGCACCCAGGUGAAAAUGGAACCCGGCCUCGCUAAGAACGACGCUCCAGUCAAGCAGGAACCUGGGCUCGCCGGCAACGGAUUUCCCCCAUCCCACGCCAACUAUUCUGCUGCCAUGGGUGGCGGUAUGGAUGUGGCCCAGCGGCGCGCAGCUCAGGCGCUUGAGAAUCAGUAUGGGCAACGAGCGGCAGCUUCCAUCAGUGCCCUCCAGGGCGGCGCCAUGACUCAAGGUCCACAGAUGCACCCCGGCCAGGUCCAACAGACCCAACAGCCCCAGCGCCCGGGCCAACCUCAGCAGCUCCUAAAUGCUCAACAAUACCGUCAGGAGGUGGCUGCUGCCAUGGCUGCUCAGCAGCAACGGGCUCAGCAGGCUCCCCAGCAGGCUCACCAGCACGCCCAACAGCACGCCCAACAGCACGCCCAACAGCACGCCCAACAGCAGGGUCAACAGCAGCCUCACCAGCAGGCUCCUCAUGCCAACGGUCAGGGCGGAGUUGGCCGCUCGCAGGUGGACGGCCCAAGUGACUCAUUCGAGGGUGUCUUGGUGCAGCGGGAUGCCGACGGCAAUAUGGUUGAGAUGGCACGAGUUGAUAUCGAUGCUCUGCUCCAUGCCAAGAUCGCUUCUCGGGCGAAACAGAUGGAAGGUGGUGGUCUGAUGCUUCCACUAAAGGAGGCCACCAAACACGCGAGCCUUUCAGGUCAGACGAGACAGGGCGCCAGAUCCUCCCAAGUUGACGGCCCUGAUGAUAGCAUCAAGGAGGAAUAUGAUGAGGAUGCUAUCAACUCCGACCUCGACGAUCCGGAGGAUGACCACGAUGACGACGACGAUGAUGACGACUCCCUUGGCAACAUCAUGCUCUGCAUGUAUGACAAGGUUCAGCGCGUGAAGAACAAGUGGAAGUGCACUCUGAAGGACGGAGUCCUCACCGUCAGCGGCAAGGAAUACGUCUUCCAUAAGGCCACAGGCGAAUACGAGUGGUAGAAAACGUGGCCGCAUCAUGAAUGUUCACUGUAUGACCAUCCUCGGGAGUUCGUUGAUUCCACUUAAAAAAGAAAAGGGUUGCGAAGGGCGAAGUGAGACCCGGCCCUUCGCCAGUUUUCCUCUUGGGCUGCUAAUCAAAAUGAGCACGGCCUGGGUUUACAGGCCUCAGCAUUUCUGGGAUUUUUAUUUCUUCGGUCACCUUGGAAUUCAGUUCUUGGCAACGCUAUUGAAAUGGACGAGCCAACCAAUAUCAUGGGGAAAAUACCAGGCUGGAUCAGGAAGUCUCGAGAAUAUCUGCCUCGACGACAUUCCUUUGUGGAGCUCAAUGCGCCGCCCAUUCAGGAGUUCAGGGUCUCUGGAAUUUACCAGUUGUGUUGUAUGAUAGAUAGACCGUCUUGAUGCCCAGGAAUAGAACUCAAAAUAGCCCAUACAUUGCAG